GCAGCACAGAUACAAAUAAUCCUGAUGCUGCCUGUGUUAUCAGGUAACAUCCAGCUGGGUGAAGGCGGUGAGGUACUGAAGAGAUUUAAUGAAGUGGAGGACAGCUGUCUGCAGGCUCUCAUGUCGGACCCUCUCCGUCGCUUCGUGCCUCGGUACUAUGGGCAGAUUAGCAGGAACGGAGAGACCUACAUCCGUCUGGAGGACUUGCUGAGUGGCCUCAAGCAGCCGGUCAUCAUGGACUGCAAAAUGGGCAUCCGGACAUACCUGGAGGAGGAGAUUGUUAAAGCCAGGACCAAAGCAAGCUUGCGGACUGAUAUGUACCAGAAGAUGGUAAAAGUAGAUCCUACAGCCCCCACAGAGGAGGAACACGAGCGGAAAGGUGUGACCAAACUGCGCUACAUGCAGUGGAGGGACAGCACCAGCAGCACCACAACUUUAGGGUUCCGGAUAGAGGGCAUUAUGAUGGAGACAGGGGUUGUGUUACGAGAUUUCAAUAAAACAAAGGCCAAAUCACAAAUCAUCGACGCUCUGUUAUUAUUCAGCAAUAGGAAGGUACUCAUUCUAAAGGCCUAUCUGUCCAGACUGGAGGAACUAAAAGAGACGUUAAAGGAGUCUGCCUUUUUCAGCAGCCAUGAGGUCAUUGGAGGUUCUCUUCUUUUCGUACACGACCACACCGGCAAGGCCAAUAUAUGGAUGAUUGAUUUUGGAAAGACCACACCCACGCUGGAAGGUGUGCACCUGAAGCAUGAUGUUCCGUGGGUCGAGGGGAACCAUGAGGAUGGCUACGUUAUCGGACUGAACUCCCUCAUCUCUCUGCUGCGCGAGGCCAUCAGUGAAGCUGCAGGUCAAAUCCUGGAGAAACAGAACCAACAGACUCACCACCAGGAGACAAAUGACAAACCUAAUCCACCCCAAACCGAGUCGACUUCCUCAGACUUGCUGAAAAAAACUGCAAAUACCAAUGAGCUUGUCUGAUGUUUGUGAUCUAAAGCUCAUUUCACACACAGAACUGUUUUUGGACUGUACUUUACAUGUGUUCAGCAUUGUCUGCUCUUCACAGCUGGAUUGUGGAAUGCUACUUAUUUAUGUUUUAUACUAGGCCUGUGUUUUUUUUAUGAAACUUUGUGUUGCCAACCUACUGUGUCAAUCUGUACAUAAAGAACUAAGUAAACUAA